UGUUAAGAAAACCUUAAGGUGAUAUUGUAUUUAAUGAUGUAUUCCGAUAGGGGGAAUUGUUUAAUUUUGUAGAGUUCAAUUUUAGAUCUCUGGUCCACAGUCCAGUAGGUGGCGGUAAUGCAUCACUAAAGCUGGUUGUCAAACGCGAUUUACAAACCACUGAAGAAGAAGUGUAAACAGAAGUGACCAAGAACAAUUUCCACUUUAGAGUUUUUGUUGUUAUUUAGACGUUUAUUAACAGCGUGGAAAUCUACAUUUGACUCAUUUAACUGCAUAGCAUCACAUACUUACCCCAGGUAGUUUUUAAUUCGCGUUGGGGACAGGACUUGGUUGAUAGAUCUGUUAUUUAGGUGACUAACGUUAGCUAGCUGCUAACGUUAGCUAACAAUGGCUAACUGUAUGGUUUUUCACACUCAAAUCGCCUCCAUUAUGGAGGUGUUAGCGAAUGCAGCCGUGGCAGAGGUCUGCAAACUCGUAGACGACGACUAUGCAGUGUUUCGUUUAGAAAUAACUCAAAGCCAGAAAGAAAACAGGACAUUGAGGAGGAAACUACAGCUUCUGGAAAUGAAGGUGUCACGGGAGCGCGCAGAGAGGACAACGCGAGAGCGCGUCCUCGCCAGUCGUCCCAGUAGUGUCAAGAUCCUCGACCGAUACAGAGGAAUGGCAAGAGGUGAAGGACAUCUCAUUGGAGGCCACAGGAGCUUUGUGAAGCCAGCGGGACACAAUGCAUGGAGAGAUGACCAGCCAAUCACUGUUGAUGAGGGGAGUGGAACCUCAACCCAGCAUGUUAUCGUGAUCGAGUCUGCAGAUGCAGAGGCUGUAGGUCCUGGGGUCAAGCUGGAGAGGUCUGAAGGAGAGGAGGACCCACGGCACAGCGGAGACAUCCAGACUGGAGCGGCUGGAGUGCCCCCUGUAGCCACAGAGGACCUCACCACCGCUGCGCAGCCCAGAACCCGAUACAGCGUCACGGAGGAUGAGGAGGAUCCAGAAGUGCUGCUGGUGAAGGUCGAGGGGUAUGAGGAGGGUCUGGUGAACCCUGAGAGGACCAUGGUCAUGGAGGACAACCAGACUACACCUCCUCCUGAACCCACAGCGGAACUAGCUGAGCAGCACAGGACCACACACAGUCUAACUGAGUCAGUAGACAUGGAGAAUGGGAAGCCUGAUCUGCUGUUGGUCAAAGAGGAGACGAUAGAGGACGGACCAGAGAGCAUUAACCUGCUGAGUGGACUAAAGAUGGGGGAGCAAGGUGGUUGGCUGGAGGCUAACAGAGGAGACUGGCCGACCAUCUUGGAUUCCCAGACCCAGACUGGUGCAGCCAAGGGCCCAGGGGACGACAUCACUGAGCAGGCCAGGACCAGAGGCGACAUAGUGGAGUCUGCAGUCCAUGAGGACCUGCUGAUAUCCGGUGUUGGUGGCGAGAGAGAUUGGACCUCUGAAGCGGCUGGUCACAAACCCUGGCCCCAGAUCAGAACUCUGGAUCAGGAGCCGUCGCUCUUCCUUCCCGAGUCAGAACCAGGACCGAACCGUGAGGGGCAGACACUCCACCCCCACCACCACUACACAGGGCACAACCAGUGGACAGGGGGACUGAACAACCUCAGUCCUGGUGGUCAUCAGAGAGACAGAGGCUCCAGUCAGGGAUCCAGUCUGCAGCACAGACCCUUCUCUUCACAGUCUCAGUGCAGAGAUGAAGCAGGGCCUGAGGCUGAUAGAGAUAGACCCUCCUGUUCCUAUGAUACAAACACCAUGAUUAACAGAGCAGGUCACCCUGGGCUUCAGCCUUCACACAGAGUGGUGGGAGACCCCCCUGGUGUGAGUCUAACAGGAAGUCUGUCUUCUCCUUCAGGAUCUUGUUUAAUGCCUGGUGACUGGGUUCAUAGAAAGCCUGGGUCUAGCCUUCCUCAGUUACCUCAGGGUUACCCCACCAAUACAGACAGGGUCAGGAUGGGCGUUCACCAUGAGAGGUACCUAGACUAUAACACAGCACACAAUCCCAACAACACCCAAACAAUGACUAGAGGUCAAGGAGGGAGCUCAAAGACUAACCACCUGAGGGUGACUCCUGCUUCUACCUCCUCUGGUGUCAUUGGGUCACAACGUGGGAGGCCGAGCGUUAGGACAGACGCUGACAAGCCGUAUGCCUGCCCCACGUGUGGGAGGCGCUUUGCUAAGGUGAAAUAUGUCAAGCAGCACCAGACCGUUCACACCAAUGAGAGGCCCUUCAAGUGCAAACUAUGUUACAAGAGCUUCUCCCGCCUGAGUAACCUUAUCAGACAUAGGAGUGUUCACAACGAGGAGAAAUCGUAGCAGUGUGGCUUGAGACAUACACAGAGAAUAUCUGGGAAAUAUUCUUUAGCUGAAAUAUUAAAAAGUAGGGCCAGGCUGUAUAUCAUAUUUUACUAUAUACCAGUAUUGAUGCAUGGACUGGUUUGGGUUUUUACUUUGUAUAAUGGUGUUUCAAUGUUUGGUUUGAUAAACGUGUUAAGCCAC